UUUCAGAAGAUGUCUGCCAGCCAAAAAAAGAAAGGGAUAAAACUUUGAUGAGUGGCUAGUGAAGUAAAACUGUUGAGACCUAGAACAACAGAAGAAAGAAUGGCAACAUCAGCUCUCAGUCUCACUAAUCAGUUAUGUCGCUUCUCUUCUGAAGUACACUUCUUGUUCAUAAACAAGAAUUUCUCAACACCAAAAUCAACAAGAUUAAUUAGUCAUGUUUGGUCUUACUCUAAAACUACCAGGAUUCCAGCUUUACACUCAGCUAAUGGUUGUUUAAAGGAGGCUAUAGAAGAGGGGGAGGGUAUGGUUGAUAGUGAUAAAGUAAGGGUGUUAAAGCAGAAAAUAGAGGUUCUUGGGAUUAAAUGUGAUGAUUCUUGCUUUCCGGGACAGUACUAUCGCUUGCUUUGUCCCAAGUGCAAAGGUGGCAAGACCAUGGAGAGGAGCUUAUCAUUUAAUAUCACCCAAGAUGUGGAUGUUGCAAUGUGGAGAUGUUUCGGGACUAGUUGUGGAUGGACAGGCCAGGCCUUUGCUGAUAGCAGGAUGCCAAUCGCUGGAGUGAACAAAAUUUUCAAAGUUAAGUCCUCCAAGCAAGUAACCCCAGAGAACGUAGUUUUGGAACCAUUGGGUGACAAGCUGAUUGCAUACUUUAGUGAAAGAAUGAUUUCUGAGGAAACUCUGCGGAGAAAUGCUGUUAUGCAGAUGUCCGGUGAUAAGUAUAUUAUUGCUUUUACAUACAGACAAAAUGGGGCGAUUGUUGGUUGCAAAUACCGAACCAUGGAGAAAAGGUUUUGGCAGGAGAAGGACACAAGAAAAUGGUUAUAUGGACUAGAUGACAUAAAUGAAGCCACCGAAAUUAUUAUUGUUGAAGGGGAAAUAGAUAAGCUUUCAGUGGAGGAAGCUGGCUUCCGUAAUUGUGUUAGUGUUCCUGGCGGUGCGCCACAAAUAGUUUCUGUGAAAGAUUUACCAUCCAUAAAGAAGGACAGAGCGUAUCAGUAUCUAUGGAACAGCAAAGAGUACUUGAAUAAACUAUCUCGCAUUGUCCUGGCAACUGAUGGCGACACAAGUGGGCGAUCGUUGGCUGAAGAGUUAGCACGCCGGCUGGGAAAAGAAAGAUGUUGGGUGGUACGUUGGCCGAAGAAAGAUGACUCACGGUGCUUCAAAGAUGCAAAUGAGGUUCUGAUGUGUUUGGGACCAGCUGCUUUGAAGGAAGUAAUUCAAACCGCAGAAAAAUAUGAGGCUUGUCAGCUACAUCGUCUGAAUUAGCUUGGAAAUGGUUGAGGAUCAAACACAAAUAGUUUCAAAUCUUGAAGUUGGUGUUCUCCAAAGCCUAUCUGCCGAAGAAAACCAUGUGCAGACAAGAAGACGGAAUCCCUUUGCACAAUUUCUUCUUCUUUACUUGGAAAAUGCAGUUUUCUUUGCACCAGCACAAAGUGUUAUGCUACGAGUCCUGAAGCUCUGUGUCUGGUGCUAAACACCAGGAAGAAGAAAGCCCUGAGGCAUCAUGAUGCAGAUACAAGGUCACCUGUGAUGAGAUGCCAAAUGUGGAAAUUUAAAUGUAACUUGAAGAUUUUCACUCUAACUAGAUCUGGUUUAGCUGCUGGCAAUGUGGUUUAUUUCCACUUCGGAGAGCAUGUCCUCUUGGGGCUUGCAUAUAUUUUCUCUUGAAGACAAAAUCGAUAAAACCAAUUAGAUAUUUGACAAAAAAAAAAACUCCUUUUGUUUCCCAUUUCAUAAUUAAUAAUGCAAUGUACUAGACUUUUUUUCGAA